GGAGCAAGCAGGAAGUGAACAGAGGGCCGCCCCGGGAGGAAGCAGACUAGGCGAUUUCGGCUGCCACAGGCCCGAGCUGCUCCAAGACAUGGAGGAAGCCAGCGGAGGUGGAGGCCAUGACCGCGUUCGGGACCUGCAGAGUGAGGUGGAGGGUGUCAAGAAUAUCAUGACCCAGAACGUGGAGCGGAUCCUGGCCCGAGGCGAAAACUUGGAUCAGCUCCGCAACAAGACAGAGGACCUGGAGGCCACAUCCGAGCACUUCAAGACAACGUCGCAGAAGGUGGCUCGGAAGUUCUGGUGGAAGAACAUGAAGAUGAUCGUCCUCAUCUGCGUGGUGGUUUUCAUCUUCAUCCUUUUCAUCGUGCUCUUUGCCACUGGGGUCAUCCCAACGUAACUCAGGAAGCCCCUCCCACCCCGCCCCCUUUGGGGGCAGCCCUCCCUCCAUCAGGGUUGCCCAGAGGGCUCCUCUUCUGUUGUCUCCCACAAGGAAUGCUGCUUAGUCCUCCUGUCCCUCACCCAGAGGCCCUUCUGCUGUGUCGCAUGCCCCAGGGAACACCUUGGUCCCCCAGAAGGAGAGAGCUGGACUGUGGCUACAUUUCAUGGGUCCUUGGAGUGGGCUGGAGAGACCCUGAGGGCCCAGCACAUGACUGGGAAACUGUUGGUCAAUGGGCAAUAAAGACCUUUCGGUAUCUAA